AUGGACUCUUUCAGUCUUUCGCAUCCGGAAAAUGAACUGAAUCUUCUAAGUUUUCUCUUUACCUCAUAGAAAUUUUGUGUGUAUUCUCCCCUGUUUGUAAAGAUGGUCAAAGAAACAGCUCUGUACGAUACUUUGGAAGUUCCUCCAACAGCAACCCCAGAGCAGUUGAAGAAAGCAUAUCGUAAACUGGCCAUGAAGUAUCAUCCUGAUAAAAAUCCAAAUGAAGGAGAGAGGUUUAAGUCAAUCUCUCAUGCUUAUGAAGUCCUGUCAGAUGAAAAGAAAAGAAAGCUUUAUGAUCAGGGUGGUGAACAAGCAUUAAAAGAGGGAGCUUCUGGUGGUGGAUUUCACAACCCUAUGGAUAUAUUUGACAUGUUCUUUGGUACAAGAUCACAUGGGAAGGAACGAGAUGUUGGCAGAGAUAUGGUGCAUCAACUAAAGGUGUCUUUGGAAGACCUGUACAAAGGCACAGUAAGGAAACUGGCUUUGCAGAAAAAUGUUAUAUGCAAGACAUGUGAUGGCAGAGGGGGGAAAGAGGGGGCCAUCGAAAAGUGCCGACAAUGCACAGGCACAGGAACUGUGACAAGAAUACACCAAAUAUUUCCAGGAAUGGUGCAGCAAACACAAUCUGUGUGUCCAGAUUGUCGAGGGGAGGGAGAAAAGAUUAGAGAAAAAGACAAGUGUAAAGAAUGCCAUGGUAAGAAAACAGUGCGAGAACAAAAGAUCCUUGAGGUGCAUGUUGAGAAAGGAAUGGAAGAUGGGCAGAAAAUCACAUUCAGUGGUGAGGCUGAUGAAGAGCCUGGGAUCAAGCCUGGGGAUGUCGUCAUCAUUUUAGAUGAAAAGGAACAUGCUGUUUUUAAAAGGCGGAAAUUAAAUCUUCAUACAAGCAUGGAUAUUAAUUUAGUCGAAGCUGUGUGUGGUUUUGAGAAAUAUUUGGAGACACUUGACAAAAGAUGGUUGAAAUUGACAUCCCCAGCUGGUGAAGUUAUUAAACCAGGCGACAUUAAAGUGAUUGUGGAUGAGGGAAUGCCUGUGUAUGGAAGAUCCAUUUCAAGAGGAAAACUUUUUAUAAAGUUUAAUGUUGUAUUCCCACCAAAUGAAUUCAUCACGGAAGACUCAAUCAAAGAAUUAAAGACGUUAUUACCUCAAGCAGAUGAGCCGAUCAUACCAGAUGAUGUCGAUGAUACCUAUGUGUUGGAUGAAAUUUCUCCAGAUAAAGCAUCAUCAAACAACCAACGGCAUAAUUAUUUCGAAGAUUCUGACGAAGACGAUGGCCCACAGCCCUCUGGAAUGCAAUGUCAAACACACUAAAAACUAGAACACAGACAGGGCCACAAAAGAGAUGAAGUACAAAUAUGUAUUGCAAGUUGACUGUCAAAAAAGGCCGGAGAAAUGAACAAAAUUUAGAAAAAUAUACCGAGAAUUGACUGUAAUAAGCCGCAAUAUUUAUGAAGUAGAAUACGGUGAACAUGUUUUGCUGAGAUAAUAUUUGUAGCGAAAUUUCAUUUUUUCAAAACUUUUUUAUGAACAUGAACAGCCAAAUAUUUUUGGUUAUAUUUCGUGGCUGGCUCAUGAUUAACCUUUUUUAUUCUUUUGCAUGACGAAUUUGAUUAUUCUAUACUUGAAGCACUAGCCACUACUUUCGAUAUACUUCGUGACAAAUAAACUCCCUUCCAGUUUCAUGUAAACAUAUAAUACACGGAAGAUAGUUAAGCCUAAGAGCUGUUUUCCACUUCAAGCAAGGGUAAACGACUAGGUUGAUAGUUGACGUGGAAAACAGACCUCUCUGUAAGCCGUUAAUGAUCCAUAGUCAGGAUUAAAAGAAUCGUAUUACUUAACUUAAGCGAAACACCCAAAUAUAAGUCAGAUUAAUGAAA